CAUCUGACGUUAAGCCAAUAUGGCGUCGUACCAGAUUCCGAACUCAAUGCAGAGAGACGGAACGCGGCAAGCUUGUGUUUGUUUCUGUUUGUAAAUUAUUCCUCUAUUUUCCAGUGUAAAUUUUCAAUUUUUUUCUUUAAACACAAUUAUUGUUUGCGAUAAUAUUUUUGAAUUGUGGCCUCACAAAGAAACAAUGAACACGAUAAAAAGGAACAAAAAACACAAACGAGAAAAACAAGAAGAUUACUCGACACCGGAUAAACCACCGGCUUUGAAAUUAAUUUUAAAAGUUGGAGGAAGCAGUGGAACUCCCGAGCACGGUUCCGAAUCGCCAAAUCAAGCAAAUAUGCUUUCACAACACUAUCAACAGCAAUUGGGAAUUAAUUAUUCCGUCACUCAAGGCGAAUCGGAAUAUGAUAGAUACAUGGGUCAUAAGAAAUUAAAGAAGAAGAAAAAAAAGAAGGACAAACGACAUAAACAUCAUCACAAGGAUAGAAAACGAAAACGUGAGGAAUCAAGUCAAGAAUCAGUUGGCGAUGGUGAUGAGAGUUUAAUGGAGAUACCAAAAAAAAUAGCAAAUCAACAAUUAAUGCCACCAAGACCACCACAAACUGAACAUCGUCUUGGUGUAUCACCAUUACAAAGUGGUUUAUCACCACAUCGUGAGCCACGUACAUGUGUAUUACGUAAAAUAGCUGAACGCACACCAUUACAACGAUUACUUGAACAUUUAUUAAAAUCAAUGGAAAAACGUGAUCCACAACAAUUUUUUGCAUGGCCUGUUACUGAUAAUAUUGCACCUGGUUAUUCACAAAUAAUAACAAAUCCCAUGGAUUUUAGUACAAUAAAACAAAAAAUUGACGACAAUAAUUAUCAAAUACUCAAUGAUUUUAUUGAUGAUUUUAAAUUAAUGUGCGACAAUGCAAUGACAUAUAAUCAUCAGGAUACAAUUUAUUAUAAGGCGGCAAAAAAAUUAUUACACGUUGGCAUGAAAAUGGUAACACCUGAGAAAUUACGUCAAUUAAGACCAGUAUUAACAUAUAUGCAUGAUAUUACAAAAGAAGAAUUGGGUUUUGAAUUAGGUGUUGAGGAUCCAAAUAAUCCUGAUAUUCUUAUAACUGAGGAACAAAUUGAAAAAGAAAGAGAACAAGAGGAAAGAAAUGAAGAAGCCGAGGAAUUACGCAAAGAGCAUCAACGUAAAAUGAGACUUGCAAAUUUAGGUAAAUUUGAAGCAAUACCCGAUGAUAUGACACCGGAGGAAAUUUUAAAACAAGCGCGUAAUGCAUCAAAAAUUGCUGCUGAAAAAUUAAAUUCCAAAAGAUAUGGUACAAAAAUGGGUUUUUUGAGACAAAAAAAAGAUGGUACAACAAGUUUACAAAUUAUUGUACCAGGCGAUGGUGUAAUACCGGGUACAAAUCAACGACCAGUUUCAUUAGGACAAUUAAUGGGAAAAUUGAAUCAUGGCACUGGUUCAUUGGCGGGUUUUCGUGAAGAUCGUAGAAAUAUGUCAAAACCAAUUAAACCACUUUAUUACGGUGCAUUUGGCUCAUAUGCACCGAGUUAUGAUUCAACAUUUGCUAAUCUCACCAAGGAUGAAUCGGAUUUAGUUUAUAAAACAUAUGGUGACGAUACUGCUGUUCAAUAUGCUGAAUCAAUUCUUGAUUUUGCCAAAGAUUGUGAUUAUACGCUCAAUAUGGUUGAUGAAUUACUUGAUAUAUUAACGGGUGGUGAACAUCGUAAAACAAAAAAAUUCAUUGAUGAAAAACGUCGACUCAAGGAGGAGGAGGAGAAAAUUAAACAUCUUUUGGAAAAACCAAUACAAGAAGUUAAUCGAAAUGUUCAACUUGAUAAAAUUAAAGUCGAUGUCGAUCAAUUGAAAUCAUUAUCGGAUCUUGGUAUUGAUAUUAAUUUCCUUGAUAAUUUAGAAGAAGAAUUAAAAUUCUCCGAAGACAGUGCAACAUUACAAAGUCGUUUAGAUGAUACAUCACAAUUAUUAAAUCAUUUACAGCAAGUUCAACACGAACGUCUUUCGGCACAACCACCGGCACAUCUAACAACAAUACCAAAACCAAAGGACAAUGAAGUAACAUUGGCUGAGAAAAUAACGGAAAAUUUAACGGAAAUAUCGAAAAAAUUACCACCAUCGGCAAUUGCGCCAGUUGAUGGUUUAAGAAAAGCAAUGGGUAUUGCGCCAAUAGGUGGUGGUAAUAGUGGAGGUAGUGGUGGUAGUGGUAGUGGUGGUACCGAACCAAUGGAAGUUGAACCAAUUACACAUAAUCCAUCAAUUGUCACUGACAAUACACUAGGGAAUGUCAAUCAAAUAUCUGAUAGUUUACUACCAUCAACUCCAACGGCGAUAGAUAAUGCAAAUUUACUAAACACUAGUGCAAGUCAACAGACACAAAUCAAUUUGGUAAACGCCAGCCAAAUGCAAAUUAGUAUCAAUCAUCAAACGACAUCAUUGUUGACUGCCGGUGAACCAGCUGGUGUUCCUGAUUUGGAAUCUGAAUUACGUGAAUUUCUUGAAAGUGAUCCAACAUUGGGACAUUCACCAUUACACGAUGAUAAAACUUUAGAGGAUAUUCUAUCGGAAUCGUAGAAUGGACAUUCUAUUGGAAUGUAUAAAGUGAAUUUAUUUUUUUUUUUGGGAAAUUAAAUUGUAAAAAAAGCAAAUUUAAUUUCUUUUUUUUAAUUUGUAAAGCAAUUUGUAAAAAGUUCUUUUUUUAAUUUCAUUGCACAAAUGAGAAAAAGUAGUUUUAAUUUAUUUUUAUUAUAAUAAUUACUAUAGAGAUGUAAUAAAAUUAAUAUUAUAA